AUGGAAUCAAGCACUGCCUCACCUGUUGAAUCAACUACAGAGCCUACAACAGAACCAACCACUGAAACUACAGAAGUUACAACAAUGGAAUCAAGUACUGCUGUACCUCCUGAAUUAACUACAGAACCUACAACAGUUAUCACCAUGGAAACAAGUACUGCUGUAACUGUUGAAUCAACAACAGAAUUUAGCACAGAAUCAACUACAGAGCCUAUGACAGAACCAACCACUGAAACUACAGAAGUUACAACAAUGGAAUCAAGUACUGCUGUACCUACUGAAUCAACUACAGAACCUACAACAGAAUCAACAGCAGAACCCACAACAGUUACAACAAUAGAAACAAGUACUACUGUACCUGUUGAAUCAACCACAGAACCUACAACAGUUAUCACCUUGGAAACAAGCACAGUCUCACCUAUUGAAUCAACUACAGAGCCUACAACAGAACCAACCACUGAAACUACAGAAGUUACAACAAUGGAAUCAAGUACUGCUGUACCUACUGAAUCAACUACAGAACCUACAACAGAAUCAACAGCAGAACCCACAGCAGUUACAACAAUAGAAACAAGUACUACUCUACCUGUUGAAUCAACCACAGAACCUACAACAGUUAUCACCUUGGAAACAAGCACAGCCUCACCUAUUGAAUCAACUACAGAGCCUACAACAGAACCAACCACUGAAACUACAGAAGUUACAACAAUGGAAUCAAGUACUGCUGUACCUACUGAAUCAACUACAGAACCUACAACAGAAUCAACAGCAGAACCCACAACAGUUACAACAAUAGAAACAAGUACUACUGUACCUGUUGAAUCAACCACAGAACCUACAACAGUUAUCACCUUGGAAACAAGCACAGCCUUACCUAUUGAAUCAACUACAGAGCCUAUGACAGAACCAACCACUGAAACUACAGAAGUUACAACAAUGGAAACAAAACCUACAACAGUUAUCACCUUGGAAACAAGCACAGCCUUACCUAUUGAAUCAACUACAGAGCCUACAACAGAACCAACCACUGAAACUACAGAAGUUACAACAAUGGAAACAAGUACUGCUGUUCCUACUGAAUCAACUACAGAACCUACAACAGAAUCAACAGCAGAACCCACAACAGUUACAACAAUAGAAACAAGUUCUACUGUACCUGUUGAAUCAACCACAGAACCUACAACAGUUAUCACCUUGGAAACAAGCACAGCCUCACCUAUUGAAUCAACUACAGAGCCUACAACAGAACCAACCACUGAAACUACAGAAGUUACAACAAUGGAAUCAAGUACUGCUGUACCUACUGAAUCAACUACAGAACCUACAACAGAAUCAACAGCAGAACCCACAACAGUUACAACAAUAGAAACAAGUACUACUGUACCUGUUGAAUCAACCACAGAACCUACAACAGUUAUCACCUUGGAAACAAGCACAGCCUUACCUAUUGAAUCAACUACAGAGCCUAUGACAGAACCAACCACUGAAACUACAGAAGUUACAACAAUGGAAACAAGUACUGCUGUACCUACUGAAUCAACUACAGAACCUACAACAGAAUCAACAGCAGAACCCACAACAGUUACAACAAUAGAAACAAGUACUACUGUACCUGUUGAAUCAACCACAGAACCUACAACAGUUAUCACCUUGGAAACAAGCACAGCCUCACCUAUUGAAUCAACUACAGAGCUUACAACAGAACCAACCACUGAAACUACAGAAGUUACAACAAUGGAAUCAAGUACUGCUGUACCUACUGAAUCAACUACAGAACCUACAACAGAAUCAACAGCAGAACCCACAACAGUUACAACAAUAGAAACAAGUACUACUGUACCUGUUGAAUCAACCACAGAACCUACAACAGUUAUCACCUUGGAAACAAGCACAGCCUCACCUAUUGAAUCAACUACAGAGCCUACAACAGAACCAACCACUGAAACUACAGAAGUUACAACAAUGGAAUCAAGUACUGCUGUACCUACUGAAUCAACUACAGAACCUACAACAGAAUCAACAGCAGAACCCACAACAGUUACAACAAUAGAAACAAGUACUACUGUACCUGUUGAAUCAACCACAGAACCUACAACAGUUAUCACCUUGGAAACAAGCACAGUCUCACCUAUUGAAUCAACUACAGAGCCUACAACAGAACCAACCACUGAAACUACAGAAGUUACAACAAUGGAAUCAAGUACUGCUGUACCUACUGAAUCAACUACAGAACCUACAACAGAAUCAACAGCAGAACCCACAACAGUUACAACAAUAGAAACAAGUACUACUGUACCUGUUGAAUCAACCACAGAACCUACAACAGUUAUCACCUUGGAAACAAGCACAGCCUCACCUAUUGAAUCAACUACAGAGCCUAUGACAGAACCAACCACUGAAACUACAGAAGUUACAACAAUGGAAACAAGUACUGCUGUACCUACUGAAUCAACUACAGAACCUACAACAGAAUCAACAGCAGAACCCACAACAGUUACAACAAUAGAAACAAGUACUACUGUACCUGUUGAAUCAACCACAGAACCUACAACAGUUAUCACCUUGGAAACAAGCACAGCCUCACCUAUUGAAUCAACUACAGAGCUUACAACAGAACCAACCACUGAAACUACAGAAGUUACAACAAUGGAAUCAAGUACUGCUGUACCUACUGAAUCAACUACAGAACCUACAACAGAAUCAACAGCAGAACCCACAGCAGUUACAACAAUAGAAACAAGUACUACUCUACCUGUUGAAUCAACCACAGAACCUACAACAGUUAUCACCUUGGAAACAAGCACAGCCUCACCUAUUGAAUCAACUACAGAGCCUAUGACAGAACCAACCACUGAAACUACAGAAGUUACAACAAUGGAAUCAAGUACUGCUGUACCUACUGAAUCAACUACAGAACCUACAACAGAAUCAACAGCAGAACCCACAACAGUUACAACAAUAGAAACAAGUACUACUGUACCUGUUGAAUCAACCACAGAACCUACAACAGUUAUCACCUUGGAAACAAGCACAGCCUUACCUAUUGAAUCAACUACAGAGCCUACAACAGAACCAACCACUGAAACUACAGAAGUUACAACAAUGGAAACAAGUACUGCUGUACCUACUGAAUCAACUACAGAACCUACAACAGAAUCAACAGCAGAACCCACAACAGUUACAACAAUAGAAACAAGUACUACUGUACCUGUUGAAUCAACCACAGAACCUACAACAGUUAUCACCUUGGAAACAAGCACAGCCUCACCUAUUGAAUCAACUACAGAGCUUACAACAGAACCAACCACUGAAACUACAGAAGUUACAACAAUGGAAUCAAGUACUGCUGUACCUACUGAAUCAACUACAGAACCUACAACAGAAUCAACAGCAGAACCCACAGCAGUUACAACAAUAGAAACAAGUACUACUCUACCUGUUGAAUCAACCACAGAACCUACAACAGUUAUCACCUUGGAAACAAGUACAGCCUCACCUAUUGAAUCAACUACAGAGCCUAUGACAGAACCAACCACUGAAACUACAGAAGUUACAACAAUGGAAACAAGUACUGCUGUUCCUACUGAAUCAACUACAGAACCUACAACAGAAUCAACAGCAGAACCCACAACAGUUACAACAAUAGAAACAAGUACUACUGUACCUGUUGAAUCAACCACAGAACCUACAACAGUUAUCACCUUGGAAACAAGCACAGCCUCACCUAUUGAAUCAACUACAGAGCCUACAACAGAACCAACCACUGAAACUACAGAAGUUACAACAAUGGAAACAAGUACUGCUGUUCCUACUGAAUCAACUACAGAACCUACAACAGAAUCAACAGCAGAACCCACAACAGUUACAACAAUAGAAACAAGUUCUACUGUACCUGUUGAAUCAACCACAGAACCUACAACAGUUAUCACCUUGGAAACAAGCACAGCCUCACCUAUUGAAUCAACUACAGAGCCUACAACAGAACCAACCACUGAAACUACAGAAGUUACAACAAUGGAAUCAAGUACUGCUGUACCUACUGAAUCAACUACAGAACCUACAACAGAAUCAACAGCAGAACCCACAACAGUUACAACAAUAGAAACAAGUACUACUGUACCUGUUGAAUCAACCACAGAACCUACAACAGUUAUCACCUUGGAAACAAGCACAGCCUUACCUAUUGAAUCAACUACAGAGCCUACAACAGAACCAACCACUGAAACUACAGAAGUUAAAACAAUGGAAACAAGUACUGCUGUUCCUACUGAAUCAACUACAGAACCUACAACAGAAUCAACAGCAGAACCCACAACAGUUACAACAAUAGAAACAAGUUCUACUGUACCUGUUGAAUCAACCACAGAACCUACAACAGUUAUCACCUUGGAAACAAGCACAGCCUCACCUAUUGAAUCAACUACAGAGCCUACAACAGAACCAACCACUGAAACUACAGAAGUUACAACAAUGGAAUCAAGUACUGCUGUACCUACUGAAUCAACUACAGAACCUACAACAGAAUCAACAGCAGAACCCACAACAGUUACAACAAUAGAAACAAGUACUACUGUACCUGUUGAAUCAACCACAGAACCUACAACAGUUAUCACCUUGGAAACAAGCACAGCCUUACCUAUUGAAUCAACUACAGAGCCUAUGACAGAACCAACCACUGAAACUACAGAAGUUACAACAAUGGAAACAAGUACUGCUGUACCUACUGAAUCAACUACAGAACCUACAACAGAAUCAACAGCAGAACCCACAACAGUUACAACAAUAGAAACAAGUACUACUGUACCUGUUGAAUCAACCACAGAACCUACAACAGUUAUCACCUUGGAAACAAGCACAGCCUCACCUAUUGAAUCAACUACAGAGCCUACAACAGAACCAACCACUGAAACUACAGAAGUUACAACAAUGGAAUCAAGUACUGCUGUACCUACUGAAUCAACUACAGAACCUACAACAGAAUCAACAGCAGAACCCACAACAGUUACAACAAUAGAAACAAGUACUACUGUACCUGUUGAAUCAACCACAGAACCUACAACAGUUAUCACCUUGGAAACAAGCACAGCCUUACCUAUUGAAUCAACUACAGAGCCUAUGACAGAACCAAGCACUGAAACUACAGAAGUUACAACAAUGGAAACAAGUACUGCUGUACCUACUGAAUUAACUACAGAACCUACAACAGAAUCAACAGCAGAACCCACAACAGUUACAACAAUAGAAACAAGUACUACUGUACCUGUUGAAUCAACCACAGAACCUACAACAGUUAUCACCUUGGAAACAAGCACAGCCUCACCUAUUGAAUCAACUACAGAGCUUACAACAGAACCAACCACUGAAACUUCAGAAGUUACAACAAUGGAAACAAGUACUGCUGUACCUACUGAAUCAACUACAGAACCUACAACAGAAUCAACAGCAGAACCCACAACAGUUACAACAAUAGAAACAAGUACAACUGUACCUGUUGAAUUAACCACAGAACCUACAACAGUUAUCACCUUGGAAACAAGCACAGCCUCACCUAUUGAAUCAACUACAGAGCUUACAACAGAACCAACCACUGAAACUACAGAAGUUACAACAAUGGAAUCAAGUACUGCUGUACCUACUGAAUCAACUACAGAACCUACAACAGAAUCAACAGCAGAACCCACAGCAGUUACAACAAUAGAAACAAGUACUACUCUACCUGUUGAAUCAACCACAGAAUCUACAACAGUUAUCACCUUGGAAACAAGUACAGCCUCAGCUAUUGAAUCAACUACAGAGCUUACAACAGAACCAACCACUGAAACUUCAGAAGUUACAACAAUGGAAUCAAGUACUGCUGUAUAUAUUGAAUCAACUACAGAACCUACAACAGAAUCAACAGCAGAACCCACAACAGUUACAACAAUAGAAACAAGUACUACUGUACCUGUUGAAUCAACCACAGAACCUACAACAGUUAUCACCUUGGAAACAAGCACAGCCUCACCUAUUGAAUCAACUACAGAGCCUAUGACAGAACCAACCACUGAAACUUCAGAAGUUACAACAAUGGAAACAAGUACUGCUGUACCUACUGAAUCAACUACAGAACCUACAACAGAAUCAACAGCAGAACCCACAACAGUUACAACAAUAGAAACAAGUACUACUGUACCUGUUGAAUCAACCACAGAACCUACAACAGUUAUCACCUUGGAAACAAGCACAGUCUCACCUAUUGAAUCAACUACAGAGCCUACAACAGAACCAACCACUGAAACUACAGAAGUUACAACAAUGGAAACAAGUACUGCUGUACCUCCUGAAUUAACGUCAGAACCUACAACAGUUAUCACCAUGGAAACAAGUACUGCUGUAACUGUUGAAUCAACAACAGAAUUUAGCACAGAAUCAACUACAGAACUUAGAACAGUUACCACCAUGGAAUCAAGCACUGCCUCACCUGUUGAAUCUUCUACAGAGCCUACAACAGAACCAACCACUGAAACUACAGAAGUUACAACAAUGGAAUCAAGUACUGCUGUACCUACUGAAUCAACUACAGAACCUACAACAGAAUCAACAGCAGAACCCACAACAGUUACAAUAGAAACAAGUACUACUCUACCUUUUGAAUCAACCACAGAACCUACAACAGUUAUCACCUUGGAAACAAGCACAGCCUUACCUAUUGAAUCAACUACAGAGCCUAUGACAGAACCAACCACUGAAACCUCAGAAGUUACAACAAUGGAAACAAGUACUGCUGUACCUACUGAAUCAACUACAGAACCUACAACAGAAUCAACAGCAGAACCCACAACAGUUACAAGAAUAGAAACAAGUACUACUGUACCUCCUGAAUUAACUACAGAACCUACAACAGUUAUCACCAUGGAAGCAAGCACUGCCUCACCUAUUGAAUCAACUACAGAGCCUACAACAGAACCAACCACUGAAACUUCAGAAGUUACAACAAUGGAAUCAAGUACUGCUGUACAUAUUGAAUCAAGUACAGAACCUACAACAGAAUCAACAGCAGAACCCACAACAGUUACAAGAAUAGAAACAAGUACUACUGUACCUCCUGAAUUAACUACAGAACCUACAACAGUUAUCACCAUGGAAGCAAGCACUGCCUCACCUAUUGAAUCAACUACAGAGCCUACAACAGAACCAACCACUGAAACUUCAGAAGUUACAACAAUGGAAUCAAGUACUGCUGUACAUAUUGAAUCAAGUACAGAACCUACAACAGAAUCAACAGCAGGACCCACAACAGUUACAACAAUAGAAACAAGUACUACUGUACCUGUUGAAUCAACCACAGAACCUACAACAGUUAUCACCUUGGAAACAAGCACAGCCUCACCUAUUGAAUUAACUACAGAGCCUAUGACAGAACCAAGCACUGAAACUACAGAAGUUACAACAAUGGAAACAAGUACUGCUGUACCUACUGAAUCAACUACAGAACCUACAACAGAAUCAACAGCAGAACCCACAACAGUUACAACAAUAGAAACAAGUACUACUCUACCUGUUGAAUCAACCACAGAACCUACAACAGUUAUCACCUUGGAAACAAGCACAGCCUCACCUAUUGAAUCAACUACAGAGCCUACAACAGAACCAACCACUGAAACUACAGAAGUUACAACAAUGGAAUCAAGUACUGCUGUACCUCCUGAAUUAACUACAGAACCUACAACAGUUAUCACCAUGGAAACAAGUACUGCUGUAACUGUUGAAUCAACAACAGAAUCAACUACAGAACUUAGAACAGUUACCACCAUGGAAUCAAGCACUGCCCCACCUGUUGAAUCAACUACAGAGCCUACAACAGAACCAACCACUGAAACUACAGAAGUUACAACAGUGGAAUCAAGUACUGCUGUACCUACUGAAUCAACUACAGAACCUACAACAGAAUCAACAGCAGAACCCACAGCAGUUACAACAAUAGAAUCAAGUAUUGCUGUACCUACAACUACAGCUUUAACAGCAGAACCUACAACAGUUCCCACAAUGGAAUCAAGUGGAGUUGCACCAGUUGAAUCAACUACAGCUUUUACAACAGAACCUACAACGCCUAUCACUAUGCAAUCAAGUACAACUUCUGUUAUUUCACCAACUACAGCUUUUACAACAGUAACUACAACAAUUAGGACUGCUGUAGAUUUUGAAUCAAUCACAUCUUCUACAGGAGAAUAUACAACAAUUUCCACUGUAGAAUCAAGUACAGCCAAUACAGCAGAAACUACAACAUUUACCAGCCUAGACUCAAGUACAGCUGUAACUAUUCAAACUACAGCAUUUACAACCAAAUCCACAAUGAUCCCCACAGUGGAAUCAAGUACUUCUGCAAAUAUUGAAUCAAGUUCUGUUUUUACAACAGAACCUUCAACAAUUUCCACCAUGGAAUCAAGUACAGCUGCCAUAGUUCAAACAACUUCAGCUUUAACAACAAAUCCUACAAAAAUUUCCUUUGUGGAAUCAAAUACAACUUCAACGGUUCAAUCAAGUGCAGCUAACACUACCAAACCUACAACAGUUUCUACUGUGGAAUCAAGUAGUACUGCAAUAUUAUCAACAGGAAUGACAUCUAUAUCAUUUUCCACUAGUGCAGCAUCAAUAUAUUUAUCAUCAUCAUUACCAGAAACAACACAAAUUGUGGAAUCAACAACAGGUCCUACUGCACAUUCAUCUACAGGUGUCUCAACAGAUUCAACUACAGAUGCUGCUGGCAUAUCAGCAACAAGUACUGAAAUGGGUUCAGCUUCAGGCACAACUCCUGUUUUAAUCACAAGUGUCUCUUCCCAGUCAUCAACAACAGGUCUUGCUCCAGAGUCAACCACAGGUUCCACUACUUACACAUCAGUAUCUACAUUAGUUAUGUCAGAACCCACUUCAAGUGUUCCUGAAGUAUCAACUAUGGGUAUCACCAUGGCACAAUCAACAAGUGUUAGCGGCACAUCAGAGCCACCGUCAAGUUCUGCUGCUACUACAGCUGUCUCUACAACCACAGUGCAAAUCAUUAUACGCCAAAUUAGCUUUAGAACCAAUGAAGAAUUUUUUUCAGACCUAUUAAACUCAUCUUCACAAGCAUUCAUCUCUAGAGCGGCACGUGUGAAACUGGAGUUUGAACCAGCAUUUGUGGCAGCAUUUAUCAACUUCAUUGGGCUAACAGUAAAUAGGUUCAGGUCUGGAUCGAUCAUCACAGACAUGAAUUUACAAUUCAGUGAUCACGGAAGUCUGCCCAGUGAUAUGACAGUAAUUAAUACUGUGCGCAAUGCAAAUACUAGUUUUAACAUUACAGAUGUUUAUGUGACAGAAACACCAACAACUACAGUUCUGACUACAGCUGUACCAAAAACUGUAUCAAAUACUACAGAUACAAUGGUCACUACAACUACAACUUCUCCUGCAAUAACAACUCAAGUUCCAGCAACCACAACAGCUACUCCAACAACAACUACUACUACUGCACCAAAUUUAACAACUGCUACUCCAACUCCAACAACUACUACUACAACAACUUAUAACUCCAACAACUACUAUACUACAACAACUGCAACUCCAACAACUACUACAACUACUACAACUACUACAACAAUAACUCCAAUAACUACUACAACUACUACAACAACUCCAAAAACUACUACUUCUACAACUACUACUACAGCAACAACAGCAGCAACAACAACACCUGCACCAACACGUCCACCCCCGGCUGUUGCUAUACAGAUUGUAAUCCGGGAAGUGUAUGUUGUAGAGCUGAGUAACCCUCAGAGUGAGGAAUUCCGCGGCCUAGCCAUUACAGUGGCAGCAUCAUUUGACGUGGUCUACAAGGCACGAUAUGGGAUUCUCUUCGUCAGAACUAUUGUGCUGGCCUUCAGACCUGGACCUACUCGUGCACAAAACGUUGAAGCAGAUGUCCAGUUGAUAUUCAACGAGAACUCCACGACGUCCAUUCCAACCUCUACUGAAGUCGUGAACACUCUGAAACAGGCUAUAUCAAAUCCAAACUCAGGUUUCAACUUAACAGUGGACCCUACCUCCAUCACUGUUCUCAGUGUUCCACAGACUGUCGCAGUGAUAUUACUAACAAAUGGCACUUUUGUAACGGCUCUCUCAGACUCCUCUUCAGAUUUAUUCAGAAUCAGGUCGUCAAUGAUCAAAACGGGACUGGAGCCCUUUUUCACAGCUGACUACCCUUCAGCAUUCAGCAGCUUGACACUGUCAGAUUUCAGUGAUGGAGGCCUCAGCUCUACUGGUAUAACAAUGAUCCAGAAUGCCAUGGAUCUGUCUUUUGGAGCGUCUGCUACACUGCCCAACACCACCCAGAUUGGACAAACUAUAAUUAGAGCAGCUAAAAAUAAAAGCCUCCCCUUCCAGAUCUUCACCUCAAAAAUCAUAGUAAAUGGCACUGUAAUAUCAUCAAGUGAAGUCAGCAGCAAGAUCAGCAUGUUCACAGCAACCUUCAUGGUAUCCCUGUCACUAUUCUUCAUAUGGUCCAACUGAUGAUAUCCACUUCCAGCAAUCAGAAGGAGUGACAACAGUGUGCUUUUAGCCCCUUUUCUCAGUGUCAGUUAAAUGAUUGAAUAGAGGCCUUUCUGAGCACCAUGUUUUUAAAGAAUCUGUACUGGGUCCAUCCUUCAUGAAAGCUACCUGUAAUUUAUGUAAAACUUCAAAUUGAGGCCAGAUAUUUUAGCUCAGAGCAGUUCAUACCUACUAAUCUUCAGCACCUAUUUAUCACUAAUAUACUUCACAUGUGAGCCCUUUCUGAAAGUGUAUGUUGCAAAAUUUAAUUCAUUAUUUUUGUAAGCUUAUUUAUUUAUUUAGCGCUGUCAAGUCAGUUUUGGCUCCAGGCGACCAAAUGGACAGUGUUUCUCCAGAAUGACUUGUUUUUCGUUUGGGUCUUUAAGCUUUUUAAUGGCUGGCUCAUGAUAUUGCUGUCUGUGGUUGUCCAUAUUGUAUUUAAAAAAAUAUUUAUUGAUGUAUUCAAAUACAAUGUAUUGUUAUCAUUA